UUUUCUCAGAAACCAUGGAAGGUAGCGGGGACUGUCACAGUCACGUGACCCGUUGACAUGUCACGCUCUUUUUCUGUGCUGGGGGCUGGUGUCGCUCAGAACACUCGACGUUGGUGGUUGAGUGUUGAGUGUGCCAUGGACGACGACGACGCUUUUCUUUAUGGGGAGGAGGCAACUACUACAUCGGAGGUUGUGUCGAAUUCCGCAACACCUCAACCUGUGCCGCCGGUCGAGGAAGCCGUUCCUACUAGUGCUGUCAUCGACAACCUCGAAUCCAAGACAGAAGAGGAACCUCCUUUCGGACUACCGCACGAAGAAGACGAAGUAGAGGAAAAUGGAGUAAUCGAGGAGGAAGAGGAGGAGGAGAGCGACGAUGACGUCGAAAUUAUCAUGGAGCCCACUUCCCGGUCCCUUGAUUUUCGACAACAAAACGCGAGCGCGCGCCGUUCGACAAGUCAAACAAUAUCCAGUAAACCGCAGCCACUGCAGCUAACUACAGAGUAUACACCUCGAGACAGAGCAGCUCCCGCAAAACUACCACUACCACCAUCUAUACCAGGUCCACACACUGUCCAACCCUCCCUUCACGAUGAAGGCCCAGAUCCAUCGUCAUUUCCACCCGCUACUGUCCCCCCCUCUCACCCUUCCAUAAACCCAGACAUGCCGGGAAUGCUCGAUGGUCGGUCCAUUCUGGACGUGGAUUUGAACGCUAUGGCGGAAAAACCGUGGCGUCGUCCCGGUUCAGACAUUAGUGACUGGUUCAAUUAUGGGUUCGACGAGAUAUCCUGGGAAUUGUACUGUUACAGACGACGAGACUUGGGAGAUCUCGCUAGUGUCCUCAAAACCAACGUGCUUAACUUUGCAGCGAUGACCGAGGACCAAUUAACAGCUCUACCACCAGAGCUGCGAACCAUGGUCAUGACCGGUGCGAACGCGAUGAUGAACCAAAGCUCAAGUGCCAACAUGAUGGGUCCCAACGUCGGCAUCAACCCCAUGAUGGACAUGUCUGGCAUGGGCGCGAUGAACAUCCCAAUGGGAAUGGGCAUCAAUGGCGACCUCGCCAUGCAGAUGCAGGCCGGUGGACCGAUGAUGCAAGAUGGGCCAGGACCAGUAGUGACAAACGGGACUCCGGAGCAGGGCGUGCAGAUGGGCAUGCAGGACGGGUUCGGAGGAGGAGCCCCGGGUCCUGGUAUGAUGGGUAUGGGGAUGGGUGGUGACUACGGUAUGCAGGAGCAAGGGCCCAUGGGACAAGGGGUAUACCCUGCUAUGGAGGGCAGCAAUACACCUGUUCCGGCCCCAGUGCAGACACCUACACCAGGAGGGCCUCCUGCAGGGCCCGCACAUGCCAGCCGGGGCGGUCCGCCACCAGCACAGUUCAGGGGCAGAGCGAUGGCACAAGGGUUACGUGGACGAGGGAUGUUCGUGGGACGAGGUCGAGGGAGAUAUGACGGGCCACCGCCAGGGCCUGUUCGGCCGGCUUCGCCAUUACCCCCUGGUGUACCCACUGGUCCACGGAAUCAGAACCGCUACAAAGACAGGGACGGGAAUGCACCUGCUGUAGAGGGGUUGGAUUAUGGCGGAACAGCCAAGGAUGCAGGAGGGAGGACGCCUUCGGGCGAGCCAGAAGAUCGUGGGCACAGCAGGAAGCGGCGUAGUUCACCAGGCUUGGACGAUACGAGGGGAACCAAAAGACGUUGAGCCGAUCAUACUACAUAUAUGCUUCUGUUUUUAUUG